CUACAUUGGAUGAGCUGAAAGAACCUGUAAGCCCCACGGGACAAUACUUGAACAGCUCAGCUCUUUCGUUAUCUGUUCUUUGUUUUCUUGAAUCUGAAGUACCAAUUGAUGAUUCUCAAACUAUGUCCUCACUCAAGGAUGUUUUUCUUCCCAUCAACUCACGUUUCUCCUCUGUCAUGGUUGUAGACGAAAAUGGACAGAAACAAUGGAAGAGAGUGGAAGUUACACUGGAAGACCAUGUAAACGUGCCUAUAUUCCCCUCUGGACUUUCACCGGAAUCUUAUGACAACUAUCUUGAUGAAUAUAUUUCCAAAAUAGGAAUGGAAGAGUUCGCAAAAUCUCGACCUUUAUGGGAAAUUCAUAUAUUCAAAUACCCUACUACCACUGCACCCGGUGUUUUAAUAUUCAAACUUCACCAUUCGCUUGGUGAUGGCUUCUCUUUAAUGAGAGCUCUUCUUUCAUGUUUACAAAGAGCUGAUGAUCCUUCUCUUCCUUUUGUUAGAGUUGUCGACUACUUCAGCAUUAAUGAGUAA